AUGAUAUGGAAGGUUCGAGUUGGAGCAUAUGAAGAACUCACGAAAAAAUUCUCAACAGCAGAUCCAAAUGAAAAUGAGUUCAGACCUUAUGAAGGACUUUUGAAAAAUAUUGCUACAGACUCUAAUGCGGUUGCUCAAGAAGCUGGAUUAUUAACAUUAUUUGCAUAUGUAGAAAAUGCUCCCAAUCCUACAAGACCGAGAGCUUCAAUUGUACCCGCAGUUGUAGAUAAAGGGUUUGGUUCGGCUCGCGUCGGAACCAAAAAAAAAGCUGUGGAUCUCAUUCUAAAAUAUAUAGAAGUUGAUAUUCCUGAUCCAGUUGCCAAACAACCAAAAUUAGUUGCAACCACAGUGCAUGCACUAAAAGAGAUCAUAAGUUCUUAUGGUGCAAAGACUGUAAAUAUAAAAAAUAUUUUAAAAAUUUUACCAAAGAUAUUUGCACAUACCGAUAAAAAUGUUCGAGCUGAGGGAUCUCUACUUGUAAUAGAGUUGUAUAAAUGGUUAGGUCAAAAUAUUAAUUCAUAUCUAUCAGAAUUGAAACCAGUUCAGAUUAAAGAAUUGAAUGAAGCUUUCGAAAAAUUACCUCAAGAAAAACCUACACAACAAAGAUUAUUACGUUCACAGCAAGCUGCCGCCGAAGCGGCUGCAGAGGCUGGUGAAGCAGAUAAGGAAGAAGCGGAAGAGGAAAAAGAAUUAGAUGCGUAUGAAUUAGCAGAACCUGUUGAUAUAUUAUCAAAAAUGGCCAAGGAUUUCUAUACUCAAUUGGGCUCUUCUAAAUGGAAAGAGAGAAAUGAAGCAUUAGUUGGUUUACUUGAAAUUUCCAAAACUCCAAGAAUUGCGGAUAAUAAUUAUACAGAGUUACGAAUAUCAGAUUCUAAUAUAUUAGUGGUUACAUCGGCUGCUGGUAAUAUCGAAGCAUUAGCUUCGGGUUUAAGAGAUGCAUUUGCGAAAUAUAAAUCAACGGUGAUAGAUGUCGCUGAAGAUAUUAUAAAUGCAGGAAAACAUAAGAAUCCUCAAGUGAAAACAGAAUCCAUGAAGUGGUUGGUCAGAUGUUUAAAAAGUGCAAAAGUUGCUCCUAAUAAAGCAGAAAUUAAAUCUUUAAUUGAAAUGAUGGUGAAAUCUUCCGAAGAUAGUUUUGAACCUGUACGUGUUGCCGCAUUUGAAGGUCUCGGUACCAUUAUGAAAGUUAUUGGUGAAAAAACUAUGAACCCUUUUUUGGAAGGUUUGGAUGAUAUUAGAAAAGUAAAAAUUAAAGAAUUCUUUGAUAAGGCUGAAGUGAAAAUUAAAGUAUCUACCGCAAAACGACCUCCUCCCCCUGUAAGCAGUUCACCUGCUCCAAAAGGGAAAAAAGAUGAACCAAAAAAGGCUGCACCAAAAACUGCAAAAUCACCUGCGAAAAAAGUACCAGCGAAAGCAGCGAAAACACCUGGUGCAACUUCAGCAAUCGUACCACCAGCCGCGAAAAAGGGAGGAAAAACGAAGGAGGAAGAACCUAUAAGAUAUAAGUUUACUAAUGAAGAAGUUGAAGAUAAAUUUUCUGAAAUGAUUCCAGAAGAACAAACAGCUGAAAUGAGUGAUAAGAAUUGGAAGUUACGUUUAGCAGCAAUUGAAAAAUUGUAUGAUACCUUGAGUGGGAUGGAUCCAGCUGAAGUUGAGGCUGAAUUGGUUGUACGAUUUUUGGCCAAAAAACCUGGUUGGAAAGAAACUCCUUCUUUCGGGAAACCAACGGCUGCACUUUGUAUUCCAAUUUUAUCGGAAAAAUUAGGAGAUAUCAAAGUUAAAAAAAGUGCAGGGGAAACUUUAACCGCAUUUGCCGAAAAAAUAUCAUUGCAAUUUGUUCUUGGGCAAGCCUAUGAACCUUUACGUAAAGCAAAAUCUCCUAAAGUGUUAGCUGAUAAUUUAACCUGGAUUAAUGGUGCUUUAAUGGAAUUUGGAAUUGCGGGUCUACAAAUCCGAGAACUUAUUGAUUUUCUCAAAUUUUGUUUAUCAAGUACCAAUGCUUCUGUUCGUACCAAUUCGGUUACCAUAUUAGGUUCCUUAAGAAUUCAUGUUGGUCCUGACAUUAGAACAUUUGUUCAAGACUUAAAUGCUACUCAACUUGCUAUAAUUGAUAAUGAAUUUGAAAAAGUCAAAGAUGAAGCACCUCCCAAACCCGUAAAAGCUAGCGUUGAAGUAACUAGUUCAGGUGGGAAAAAUGACGUUCUAGAUGAACUUUUCCCGAAAGUUGAUAUUGGUGCAUUAUUCACAAGUAAAAUUCUGACCGAUGCUAAUGAUGAUAAAUGGAAAACUCGAAAAGAAGCAUUAGAACAAAUUAUCUCGAUUAUUGAUGCUCACAAGAGGAUUAAGCCAAAUUUAGGUGAUUUUGUUCCAAUUUUAAAGGCACGUCUAGCAGACAAUAAUAAAAAUAUACAAAUGAUGGCAUUGGAUAUUUGUGGAAAGUUUGCAAACGCGAUGGGAAAACCAUUUGAAAGACAUGUAAAAAUAUUAAUUGGACCUGUAAUAGCAGUAUUGACAGAUCAAAAAGCCACGGUUCGUGGUAGCGCAAUUAGUGCAUUAGAAUGUUUAGCAAAUGCUACUGGACUUGAUCCUUUAGUUCAAUCAUUGGCAACUAGUAUCGCAACUGAAAAUCCACUUUUACGAAAAGAUUUAUUAACAUGGUAUUCGGAUCGACUUAAAGAUGCCGAUGAAAAAAACAAUUUACCAGAUUUACAAUCAUUCGUGUUACCUAUAUUAUCAUGUUUACAAGAUCGUAAUGGUGAAGUAAGAAAAGCUGCUCAAAGUUGUUUAGGACCUAUAGUAAAAAGUGCUGGUUAUGAUUUUGUAGUAACCCGAUGUGGUGAUCUUAAAGGUGCAGUAAAACAAUCAAUUAUGCCAAUGAUUGAAGCUGUAAGACCGGCUCAUGGUAAUGGACCACUUCCUAGAGGAAAAGAUGCUAAAAAACUUGGACAAAAAUCUCGUAUUGCAACUACACUAGCCAAAGAUAAUUCGGAUGAUGUAGAAGAUGAAGAUCCAACUCCAAAAUUACCACCCGGAUUAGUAUUAAGACCACCGGCUCAAAAUAAUAAUAAUACACGUACACUUGCACAACCACUUCCAGUUUCAGCCGUACCUAAUUCUAAUAUUGCAUCAGGUUUAACUCAACCAAAUAGCAUAUCAAUGAAUGGGUCACAACAAUCAUCUUUAAUACCUCCAAAUCGACUUCCAUCCGCUAUAGCCCAAAGGGGUAUACAACCACCUAAUGGAAUAGGAAAUGGUAUAGGAAGUGGAAUUGGAGGUAUAAAUGGAAGUGGAAUAGGUGGUGGAAUGACAAGUGGAAUAGGAAGAGGAGGUUUAACAGCACCAACUUCACGUCUUCAAUUUUCUAAAUUUCGUCAAGGAUCAAAUGGUAUGAUGAUGAAUAAUCAAGUACCCAAUGAGAUAGUUGAUGAAAAGAAUGAACCUUCACCAAUGGAUAUUGAUAAAUUUGAAUAUACUGAGAAUCAAAAUUCAACAUUCUUAUUGGAAAUUGUUAUAUCCAAAAUCCAGAAUACCGAUUAUCAACAAUCAAUUGAAGGAUUAAAAGAUUUAGAUAAACAUUUAGGUUCAUCACCUGAAUCACUUGCACCAUUUGUUAAUGACAUUAUUAGUGCAUUAGCGAUACAAGUUCGAUAUUCAUUUUCACAACUUAAUUUACCGUCACAUGUAUUACUUCGGUUAUGCAAGCAUUUAAUUAAUGCGUUAGUGAUGUUAUUUUCUAAUAAGGAUUUGGCAUUAAAAGUAUCUCAAGAAUCACUUAAUAAUUUAUUAACCGAAUUAGCACAUCGUUUAUUGGAUCAUAAUCUUCAAAUAUUAGAAGGAGGUCAACAAUUAUCAAAAGCACUUAAUGUAUCAAUGGUUAAAGUUCUUGAAAAUAACUUACGAGAAGUAGAUUCUUCGACUCAUACAAAAUUUACAGAAUUAAUAAUGAAAUGUUUAUGGAAAUUAUCAAAAACAAUUCAAGAAAAUUUAAAGAGUGGAGCACUUGUACCUAAUGAAUUAUUAUUGGAUAUUCAUCAUUUUAUGAAUUCAUAUGGACCAGCUGAUCGAAAAAAUCGUACAUCAGAAAAUUCACCAUUAGGAGAAGUUCCAUUUAAAACAAUUAAGACAAUAUUAUUUGAACUUAUAACGGGACUUGGGGAAAGCAUAUUUGAACAUUUAAAUCUUAUCGAUAAUCCACAAAAAAGUAAUUUAUUACCAUGUUUAAUUCAUAUGUUUGAAGCAUAUAAGAAAAAACAACCAAAUUCAACGACAUUACCAGCGACGGCACUUCCAUCGACAUCAACAACAUCAAAUGUUCCUUCAGCGACAAGAACAUCACCAAAUACUCCUAUGACACCAGGGUUUCCCAAUACAACUGGUAACGGAAGGUCAUCUGGAUCACAUGAAGUAGAGAUGAAUGCUCGAUUAACUCAAAUAUUUCUUAAAAUUGGUACACGAGAAGAUACAAAACAAGGUAUCUAUGAAUUAUACGAAUUCCAAAAACAUCAUCCUGAAAUGGAGGGUAAGGUAGCGACACAAUUAGCAAAAACAGAAGUUAAAACUUUAAUUCCAGAAGAAAGUGGUCAAGAAGAAAAAGAUGUAGAUGAUGUGUAUAAGAAAAAACUAGCAAGAUUACAGCAUGUCUUUGGUUACGAUGAUAAAUGA